AAUUGCUUUUAUUCAUUUAGUCUUCAUGAUGAUCCCAGGCUGACUCAUCCUACAAAAGGUCAACAGUCACAUUGUUUCCUUCUAACCAUAUAUAUACCCCUUUAGGAUACAAGGAUUCAUCCACCAAAUCCUCAAAAUCAAGAACAAAAAUACAAAAUAAAAAACUAAAAUGAAUACUUCAUUUCUUCAUGAGCUACUUAAUGGAAUCUCUAUUAGCUCAAGUUAUCCGGCUGGGAAAUCCUCAAGGAGAUACUUGCCUGAUUCUACUGGAAAAUACUGCAAGUCUAUCACAAAAUCAAAUAAGGGUAAAUUAAAUUCAGUUCUGACUAAGAUGAACAUGUUUGGAAGAAAAGAUGAUGGUUUUGCACAUGGUAUCCGAGAGCAUGUGAGACUUGGACCAAAGAUAACAGAUACAGUAAAAGGGAAAUUGAGGUUGGGAGCCAGAAUUCUUCAGGUUGGCGGAGUAGAAAAAGUGUUUAUGGAACUUUUUAGUGUUAAAGAUGGAGAGAAGCUGUUGAAAGCAUCACAGUGUUACUUAUCAACAACAUCAGGUCCUAUAGCAGGCCUCCUCUUCAUUUCCACUCACAAAGUUGCUUUUUGUAGUGAGAAAUCCAUCAAGAUCUCUUCACCAAAAGGAGAAUUGAGUAGAGUUCGCUAUAAGGUAUCUAUUCCACAUGAAAAGAUUCAGCAUGUCAACCAAAGUCAAAAUGUGAAGAAACCUUCAGAAAAAUACAUAGAAAUAGUCACCGUAGAUGGUUUCGACUUCUGGUUUAUGGGUUUCUUUAAUUAUCGGAAAGCUUUAAGAUAUCUCCAGCAGGCUAUCCUUCAGAAAAGCACAUAGAAAUAAUCACUCUAGAAGUGAAAUAUACUUGUUAACCCCUUCUGCUUCAUCAAUUAUUCUUUGAAGUUGCAGAGGUUCCUAUAGUGUACAAAUAUUUUAUAUCAUUUUGUUAAUAUGAAAAGCUAUAUGUUUCUUAA